CGAGCCGCGAGCCCCAGUGUCCAGAGCAGCUCAGAAGCCUUAGGAGCCAUGAGCUGGACGUGCCCGCGCUGCCAGCAGCCCGUGUUCUUCGCUGAGAAGGUGAGCUCCCUGGGUCAGAACUGGCAUCGAUUCUGCCUGAAAUGUGAGCGCUGUCACAAUGUCCUAGCUGCGGGUGGACACGCUGAGCAUAAUGGAAAACCAUAUUGUCACAAACCAUGUUAUGCAGUCCUCUUUGGACCCCGGGGAAUCAAGAUUGGUGGAGUGGGCUCCUACAUGGAAGAACCCCCCCAUCCUCCAGCUCCCAUCACCACCAUGCCUUUGACCACUGGAAGCUUCAGUCCACCCAGGAGCAGGACAGGCCUCCCUCAGGCCAAGAGGGCGAGGAGGAGCCCAACACAGGUGAAGACGUAUGCCGGUGAGACCUCCCUGUGUCCUGGCUGUGGGAACCCCGUUUACUUUGCUGAGAAGGUGAUGUCCCUGGGCAGGAACUGGCAUCGGCCCUGUCUCCGAUGCCAGCGCUGCCGCAAAACCCUAACAGCGGGGAGCCACGCCGAGCAUGAUGGUUUCCCGUACUGCCACAUCCCUUGCUACGGAUACCUGUUUGGGCCCAAAGGUGUGAACAUUGGUGACGUCGGCUGCUACAUCUAUGACUCCAUAGAGUUGAAAUCUGACUGAGAAGCUAAUCAAAGAAUCUGUUUUCCCUGCCCUGGAUCCCUCCCAGGCUCUUCCCAUCUCCCAGGUUGAACAAAAGGCUCAGAGAUUUCCAUCCUUUCAGACUGGACAGGGAUUAGUGUUCCAGGUAGUUGCCAGGCUUCAUCCCCCAUUCCCAUCCCGGUUGAUGGUUUACACUUCUCCCCUUUGUGCCCGCCAUGCACUGGAUGAUGGAAGGAUGAGGGGUGGCAGGACAGGAAAAGGUUGAAGAUGCCCUUUAUCUUCCUCUAAUACUCAGCAUGUUCCUCAGACCUUUGGCUUCAGAACAAUCCAAGUUCGGGAGGAAGAACUGGGGAGGAGGGGAGCCAAGCCCACCCUCCAGUGACGUCAAAGAAGGCCACCUUUCUCUGUAGGUGUCCCUGCACUUCUACCUUCUCCCCUCCCCUUCCUUGAAGUUCACCCAAUAAAAGAGUUUGCUCCUUU